UAGACAGUGAGGAGGAGACAAGUAAAUUACGUUAGGCCUUUUGUGUGUGUGUGUGUGUGUUUUUGUGGUUUCUACUAAUUCAAUAAUUGUCCAUAAAAGUGGGGCAUUGAUUUAUCAGAAAACCAAUGGCUACCGACAGCAUUUCCUCUGUUCUGAAGCUGCUGCUUCUUCUUCUAAUUAUCUUGUUUCACAAUUCUGCCGAUUCUGCCUCUGACGUCAAGUAUCUUCCUGGUUUUGAAGGCCCUCUUCCUUUUGAGCUCGAAACCGGGUAUAUUGGUGUUGGCGAGGAAGAGGAAGUGCAGUUGUUUUACUACUUCAUUAAGUCUGAGAGGAAUCCAGAAGAAGACCCUCUUCUUAUCUGGUUAAGUGGAGGACCUGGCUGCUCUGCUCUCUCUGGUCUUUUUUAUGAGAAUGGGCCUGUCACUGUGAAGCUUGAGGUUUACAAUGGAACUCGUCCUUCCUUGGUCUCUACGACAUAUUCAUGGACUAAGGUUUCGAGUAUAAUAUAUUUGGAUCAGCCUGUUGGAAGUGGCUUUUCCUACUCAAGAACUCAACUUGCUGAAAAACCCAGUGAUUCAGGAGAAGUCAAGCGGAUCCACGAGUUUCUUCACAAGUGGCUAAGCAAGCAUCAAGAGUUUUCCUCCAAUCCUUUCUAUGUCGGUGGAGAUUCUUAUUCCGGUAUGGUCGUUCCGGCACUUGUUCAAGAAAUCUCAAAAGGCAUCAUGCUUCUUUUCCUCAUAUAUCAAUCUCCAAGCCCUUUUCCUUUGACUCUCUCGUUUCUUAUUCAAACAUUUCUCUUUAUAACAGUAUUAAAACGAUACUGCAGGAAAUUACUUAUGCUGCGAACCUCCAAUAAACCUCCAGGUCCAUCGAUAUUUGGCUAUGUACUCGGAAACCCAAGUACAGAACGUGAAGUUGAUUAUAACUACCGUGUUCCUUAUGCUCAUGGAAUGGCACUGAUCUCUGAUGAACUCUACGAGUCGAUGAAGAGAACCUGCAAAGGAAAAUAUGAAAAUGUUGACCCAUGUAACACGGAAUGCUUGAAACUCGUCAAAGAAUAUCAAAAGUGCACUGAUAGAAUAAACAAGGCUUUUAUCUUAAUGUCAUACUGUGAAGAAACUGAAGAUACACCUCCCGAUUGCUAUGUGUAUCGGUACUUGUUGACUACCUACUGGGCCAAUGAUGGGAGCGUGCGCAGGGCUCUUCGUAUCCGUGAGGAUAGUAUAGGGAAAUGGGUACGUUGUUAUUGGAAAAUACCUUACACACAUGACAUUAAAAGUAGUGUACCGUACCAUAUGAACAAUAGCAUCAGUGGCUAUCCUUCUCUCAUCUUCAGUGGUGAUCACGACAUGUUUGUGCCUUUCCUUGGAACUCAAGCUUGGAUUAGAUCUCUCAACUAUUCUCUCACUGAUGACUGGAGACCUUGGAUGAUAGGCGAUCAAAUCGCUGGAUACACGAGGACUUAUGCAAAUAAGAUGACAUUUGCUACUAUCAAAGCAAGUCUUUUCUUUGGAGGAGGACACACUCCAGAGUAUAAACCAGAUGAGAGUUCUAUCAUGUUCCAAAGGUGGAUCAAUGGCCAACCUCUUUAACAAGAAAAUUAUGAUUCUAUAUUAAAAAGUAAUCGUAAUGUAAUUAUCACACCUUCUCCAUAAGAAGGAAACCUUGUCAACUGUUUUUUUUUUAGCUGUACAAAAAAAAAAUAUGUAUUUUUCAAAUCUGACAUCUUUUUACGGUACUUUUAAUUUGCAGUUGAUUGUAUUUAUAUUUUCUCUUAGCUAAUCUCAUUGGCAAGCCUAAGUCUGCUCGGCCUCUGCGGCAAGAGUUAGGAGGUAUUAUUGGAUUGGAGUUUUAAGUAGGUGUUAUUUAAUUGUGUAAUUUAAUGUAAUUGACUGGUAGUACACAAUCAAAUCUAGUGUUAUUCAAUUAUGUAUUGAAAAAGUACAUUAAAAUCUACUGUUAUUGGAUU